UACCCUACCUCUCAUCAUCCAUCGGAAAAAGUCAUCUGAGGACGGACACGCAGCGUCAAAAUUGCAAUAUUUUUCCGUUUUAUCGCACAUUUUUCGGCAAAAUCCGACCCGAGCAGCGCAUAAUUCGUUCCGGCACGACGCCCGCAUCAUUUUGCUGGUACGGACACCCACCACAACCUCCGGAAAAGCCUUGUUGGCUGGCUACAGGCCGCAGAACCACUUUCCGAAACCCUCCUCCCCGGGGGAGAAAAGAAGACCUCGCGGGAACAAAGAAGCCACCGACUCCCCUCCAUUUUUGCCAAAAAGGAACACGACGACACGACCGUGCAGAAAAAAGAGGGCUAAAACUAGUUUUUGUGCAUUGUGGAAGCCAGUGGCCAUCGACGGAAGAAAAGGGUUUGCUGUUCCUUGGUGUGUGCGAAGAAGAGUGAAAAUCUGUCCAGAAGUGCUGGUGCGCCUUCCCCCCAUCGGAGUAACGGGAUUUCUGCCGUGGUGUGAAUACAAAGUGCGGUGAAGCGCAACAGAUUGUCAGCGGCAACAAAAUGACGACGUGGGAACCGCAACCGGACGGACUGAACCAGAUCAUCACACUGCUGAAGCAGUCCCAAUCGACGGACAAUGCCAUCCAGCGGGCCGUGCAAAUGAAACUGGAGGAACUCAACCAAUAUCCAGACUUCAACAACUACUUGAUUUACGUGCUGACCAAGCUGAAGACGCAGGAUGAGCCAACGCGCUCGUUGUCGGGAUUGAUUUUGAAGAACAACAUCCGCAUCCACGGAACGCACCUGCAGCCGGCCAUCAUCGAGUACAUCAAGCAGGAAUGUCUACAGGCGCUGGGCGAUCCUUCGCCGUUGAUCCGUGCGACGGUGGGAAUCCUGAUCACGACGAUUGCCAACAAGGGCAGUCUGCAGAGUUGGCCCGAGCUGUUGCCGACGCUGUGCGACAUGCUCGACUCGCAGGAGUACAGCGUGUGCGAGGGCGCCUUCGGGGCAUUGCAGAAGAUUUGCGAAGAUUCGGCCGAUACGCUGGACAGUGCCGCGCUGAACCGGCCGUUGAACAUCAUGAUUCCGAAGUUUUUGCAAUUUUUCCGUCACUCUAGCCCGAAGAUUCGGUCGCACGCGAUUGCCUGUAUCAAUCAGUUCAUCAUCAAUCGUACGCAAGCGUUGAUGCUGCACAUCGACACGUUCAUCGAGAAUUUGUUCCACUUGUCGUCAGAUGAGGACCGGGAGGUUCGCAAGAACGUUUGCCGAGGGUUGGUGAUGCUGCUGGAGGUACGAAUGGAUCGUCUAAUGCCGCACAUGAACAACAUCAUUGAGUACAUGCUGGUGCGGACGCAGGAUCCCGACGAGACCGCACUGGAGGCUUGCGAGUUUUGGUUGUCCCUCGCGGAGCAGAGCAUUUGCAAGGAGGUGCUGACGCCACACCUGAACCGACUGGCGCCGGUACUCGUGCGAGGCAUGCGGUAUUCCGACAUUGACAUCAUUAUCCUGAAGGGUGACGUUGAGGAGGACGAAAUGAUUCCGGAUCGCGAGGAGGACAUCAAGCCGCGGUUCCACAAGUCCCGAACGCACACCCAAAAGGCCGGCAGCAUGGGCGCACAAGAUACGGGUGCCCGCGCGAUGGAAGGCAAUGAGGAGGAGGAAGAUAUGGAUGAUCCCUACGACGAUAUGGACGAUGACAGUAAUCUGUCCGAUUGGAAUUUGCGCAAGUGCAGUGCGGCGGCUCUGGAUGUGCUUGCGAACGUGUUCAAGGACGACUUCCUUCCGAUUUUGCUGCCCAUCUUGAAGGAGACGCUUUUCCACCAGGAAUGGCAGGUCAAGGAAAGCGGCAUUCUGGCCCUGGGUGCGAUUGCCGAAGGUUGUAUGAACGGCAUGACGCCCCACCUGCCCGAGCUGAUUCCGUACUUGAUUUCGUGUCUGUCGGACAAGAAGGCGUUGGUCCGCGCAAUCACCUGCUGGACGCUGUCCCGUUAUGCCCACUGGGUCGUCAGCCAACCGCACGAUCAAUAUCUGAAGCCGUUGAUGGAGGAGCUGUUGAAGCGUAUUCUCGAUGCCAACAAACGCGUACAGGAGGCGGCGUGUUCUGCGUUCGCAACCCUCGAGGAGGAAGCAUGUACGGAACUGGUGCCGUACUUGGGAUUCAUUCUAAAGACCCUCGUGUUUGCGUUCGGAAAAUAUCAGCACAAAAAUCUACUGAUUCUGUACGACGCCAUUGGAACGUUGGCCGACUCGGUCGGAGUUCAUCUGAACAAACCGGAAUACAUUAGCAUGCUGAUGCCACCGCUGAUCCAAAAGUGGAACAUGCUAAAAGAUGAGGACAAAGAUCUGUUCCCGCUACUCGAGUGCCUGUCGAGUGUGGCCACGGCGCUGCAGUCUGGCUUCCUGCCGUACUGCGAACCAGUCUACCGGCGGUGCAUCUCGCUGAUUCAGCAAACGCUGAACCAAGAUCUGGCCAGUACGGCCAGCCCCGGACAGUACGAGCUCCCGGAUAAGGAUUUCAUGAUUGUCGCGCUGGAUUUGCUGUCCGGUUUGGCGGAAGGUCUGGACGGGCACAUCGAGUCGCUCGUCGUCAGCAGCAACAUUAUGCAGCUUCUGUACCAGUGCAUGCAGGAUUCUAUGCCGGAGGUACGACAGUCGUCGUUUGCCCUGCUCGGGGACCUGACGAAGGCAUGCUUCCAGCAUGUGCACCCGUUCAUCGCUGACUUUUUGCCCAUCCUGGGCCAGAAUCUGAACCCGGAGUACAUCUCCGUGUGCAACAACGCCACCUGGGCGAUCGGCGAGAUCAGCAUAAAAUUGAGGGAAGACACAAAGACGUACAUUCCGCUGGUGCUCACCCAAUUGAUCGACAUCAUCAACAAUCCGAAUACGCCCAAGACGCUGCUGGAGAAUACAGCAAUAACAAUCGGUCGCCUCGGUCUUGUGUGCCCCCUUGAAGUGGCUCCAUCGUUGCAACAGUUUGUUCGACAGUGGUGCUCCUCGCUGCGCAACAUCCGCGACAACGAGGAAAAGGAUUCGGCGUUCCGGGGCAUGUGCCAGAUGAUUACCGUCAAUCCGGUCGGCGUGGUGCCGGACUUUAUCUUCUUCUGUGACGCGGCGGCCUCCUGGAUGAACCCGAAAACGGACCUGCACGAGAUGCUGCAGAAGAUUCUGCACGGGUUCAAGACCCAGGUCGGCGAUGAAAACUGGAGCCGGUUCGUGGAACAGUUCCCGCAGCAGCUCAGCGAACGCCUCACGGUGAUGUACAGCAUCUAAGUGGCGAAAGAACAGCGUUUCGGUAUGUACGGAAUUUUACAGCAUCGAUUGUGCCGUCGCGAGACCAGCAAAAGACGGCUUAAUUGUUCUUAAAACAAAACACAAACAAACAAAUCGAGGAAACGAAAACAAACAGUGACUAGCAAGUAUGAUGCAUUUGUUUCUCAAAGUGGCUUAAUUUAAUUACUAAUUGUGGUAAUAUCGAAUUAAUCGAUCGCAAUUCUGAGCUGUAGUUUGCCCAAUCAAACGAUUUCGAUUGCAGAGGUCGAAACCGUUCUCGAGCGAGGCUUUUCUUUUUUACUAUUUGGAGAUUUGAAAAUUUGAUACUGAAUUAAGGAGUUUUCACUUCUUGUGUAUUAUUAGUUUGUUGGUAAAAUUUUCAUCUACGUUGUGAAACACAAAAGAAUAAAUAGCAAGUUUUAAGCCACAAACAAA